AUGGGAACAGAAAGAAUGGCCUUUCUUGAUGCAAAAAUGAUUAAUGAUAUUUAUUGUCCAAAUGCUUGUGAAGGAUUUGGAAGAAACUUGCGUUGUCAAGCUGGCGGUUAUCCAGAUCCAAAUAAUUGCAAUGUUUGUAAAUGCCCUGAUGGUAAUUUUUGUGUUUUUAUCAUUUUUGGGUGGCACCUGAAGGAAGUCAAAAAAAUUUUAAUUUAUUAUAAAAAAAUUAAAAAAAUUUUAUUUUCUAAAAUAGCACUUGGUGGUGUUGAAUGUGAGAGGUUACAACCAAGCGUUUGUGGAGGUGAAUUAAUAGCUACCGAUCAGUGGCAAACACUUAGGUCACCAGAAUUGCAUGCACCCGAAGGAAGUCAUAUUCGUUUUAGAUUAAGUGAUGGAGAGUCGUAUGUCGAAAUUAAACAUAAAUUGGACAUUCGGUUAACUGGAUUUAGGAGUUGUUGUUAUCGGCCAAAGGAAGAUACAAUAUCUGAUGGAAGUCAAAUUUAUAUAAUCUUUCGACCAAAUGGAAGGACAGCAAGAUUUACCUUGAGGUUUAUUAGAAAAAUUUAA